AUGGACUCCACAUCGUUAGAAGGAAGGAUUGGAACAUUCUUAGAAAAAGAAGCUCGCACCCUACCCUGGUUAUCUCGAACAAUCACCCCGAGACUUGAUUCAUUUGUUUCUCUGAAUGUAGCUCCAUCAAAAUUGACCUUCAAGCUAGGAGCUGGAGGUGGUCUCCAUCAUAGUUUUCAGAACCGGACCGGACCGGGAGGGAAACUAACAUGGCCUCCUGAUUCUCAAAAACCCAUCAUUCAUUACACCCCUGGUGAUUCCAUUUCACUCACUAUAGCUGAAUCCGAUGCCAACUUUGACAAUCUAUCUGGAGACCAUGUAACUGAAGCUAGAAACUUUUGUCAUCUCAUACCCCACUUGGAAACAUCGGACUCAAAAGCUUCAAUUUUGACAUUGCAAGUCACUCUCUUUUCAAACAAAGGGUUUUGCCUUGGCGUUGUUGCGAACCAUGCGGUUCUUGAUGGGAAAGCCAUGUCAUUGUUCUUGGACUCAUGGGCUUAUAUAAGCAAACUUGAUAACGGUUUGUUAGCGACAAAUAGCCGAAGCCUUGAGCCACACAAUUUCGAGGAUCCAACAGAAGACAUUGUUCGAGGCACAUUCGAGUUAAGCCGUGCAGACAUAGAAAAACUCAGGAAAAGGGUUUUUUCAUGGGGGGACAAGGUUGGUGAUGAAGCUAAAACAAAGACAGUGGAACCAUUUCAGUUAUCAACCUUUGUUCUUACAUUUGCAUAUAUAAUGGUUUGUGUGGCAAAAGCCAAAGAAUUAGAAAGUAACAAAUUGAUCUGCCUAUAUAUCCCAGCUAAUUAUCGGUCUCGUUUAGACCCUCCAGUUCCAACAAAUUAUUUCGGUAAUUGUGCUGGAGCAGGUGGUAUAGUUGCCCAAGCAAGAGAGUUAAUGGAGGAAACUGGGUUGGCCAUUGCUGCUUAUAGGAUCAUUGAUGGCAUCAAAAAGAUUGAGGGAUUUCUUGAUGAAGCAGAGAAAUGGAUUAAACUGGCGACAGGACAGAUGGGAGCUGAAGGAACCCAAACCCUACCGGAAAUGAUUACGGUUGCAUGGUCAAACAAAUUUAAGGAUUAUGAGAGGGAUUUCGGGUGGGGGAGACCUCAGAAAGUGGCACUCACGAACAUACACAGAACUAGAGCAACUACUAUAGCGGAAAGCAAAAAUGGGAAUGGAGGAGUUGAAGUUGGUGUGGUCUUAAAGAAGCAUGAAAUGGACCUAUUUGCUUCUCUUUUUGUUACUGGUUUACAAAGCCUUUAA